AUGCAGCAGAACCCCUACGCCAAAAAACGAAGUAUUCUCGACGCUGUAAGCUUUUGGCUUCUCAGCGAGGGAUAUUUCCGGACAAGAAAAGCCAUUUCUGCCCACUUGGUCGACACGGUAUCAAGGCACCAUGGGGAGUCAAGAUUCACAUUCACUGCGAAGGAAGAUAUGAAUACCCCAGUCCGCAUUUACAACGAACUUUGGGCCCCAAGGUUGAAAAGUACGCUUGAAGUCAUACCCCCGCCCACGGUUGGAACUCCGGCACAAGAGAUUGUCAAAGCCGCCGUCGAUGAAACAAAAGCGAUCCAAGCACUACCUCUUGGAUCCGCAUGGUGGGCUCAAUGCCGCCGGCGAGCACUCGCUGGCGCUGGAGACGUCCCCGAAGAAGAAAUCGAUCUCGCGUUGCUGAUCCUGAUCAACAGUCGCGGCAAAUCCUUCUGUACCCUUUGCGGGGGCGAGGCAGAUGGCAAUCACAUAUGCCUGCGCUGCUAUAAGAUGAAGCCCAACGCUCACCCGAGUCUCUGCCAGUGCGGGGAGCAACGCUCGAAAGGGAGAAACAUGUGCAACAAGUGCGAAGUUGCUUCAGGUGUUUUGCGUGUGAUGGACCGAGAGCGGUUGGAAAACGAUUGUGCGAACAGUGCUUCCUUGCUGACAACCGGGUCUGGCAACGCGAACGCAGAGAAGAUGGGAUCUGUCAGGACUGUGGCGGUCCAAGAGCGAAAUACCGACAAAGAUGCGAAGACUGUUCUGAAGCAAUCCUGA